AUGAUUAGCUUGAUGAUUUUAUCUGAUAAACUUGUUACUUUCUGAUCAGAUGUGAAAAUGUUGUAGCGAAAAAGGCAGCAAAAAAUACAUAAUGGCCGUCAAAUUCGUUGUCGGAGAUUAUGUCUGGGUGGAUCCAGGCAAAAAUGGCGAUUUCGAAAUACCUAUUGGAGGUAAAAUAAUAGCAACAGAUGUGAAGAAUACUCGAGUAACCGAUGAUGAUGGGCUUGUACUGUCAGUUCCAACUAGUAAUGUACUCAAGCAAAUGCAUAAUUCUAGCAUCAAGGGAGUUGAAGACAUGAUCAACUUAGGAGAUCUUCAAGAAUUCUCAAUUCUCUCUAAUUUACAUAAACGAUUUAAACAACAACAAAUAUAUACAUACACUGGAUCAUUGUUGGUUGCUGUGAAUCCUUAUGAGAUUCUUCCGAUUUAUACCAAUGCAAUAAUGAAUCAAUAUAAUGAUAAAAAGUUCAACGAACUUCCUCCCCACAUUUUUGCUGUUGGGGACAAUAGCUAUUGUGCAAUGAAGAGAGACAAGACUAAUCAAUGCAUAGUUAUCAGCGGUGAAAGUGGUGCUGGAAAAACCGAAAGUACGAAAUUAAUUCUUCAGUAUCUAACUUCCUCGAGUGGACAACACAGCUGGAUAGAGCAGCAAAUUCUGGAAGCAAACCCUAUUCUUGAAGCAUUUGGUAACGCUAAAACAGUUCGUAACGAUAACUCAUCACGCUUUGGUAAAUAUAUGAACAUAAAUUUCGACCAACGUGGAGUUAUAGAAUGUGCAGAAAUAAAACAAUAUUUACUAGAAAAGAGUAGAAUCGUAUCGCUCAAUGAAGGAGAGAGAAACUAUCACAUAUUCUACUGCCUUUGCGCUGGUCUUAGUAAAGAUGAAAAGAAGAAGCUUGGUCUUGGAGAUGCAUCUUCUUACAGUUACCUGAAUGGAGGAAAAACACUCAAAUUAGAUGGUGUCGAUGAGGAGGAAGAGUUCACUAGCAUUGUAAAUGCUAUGAAAGUUCUCAAUUUUUCAGAGGCUGAAAUUUCUGGUAUAUUCCAAAUACUUUCGAGUAUUUUACAUCUAGGUAACAUAAGAUUCAAAACUGGGUCUGCUUCCAACUCUGACUCUUCAGAAAUUAGCGAUACUGGACCAGCCGAAAAAGUUGCAGAAUUACUAGGUACAAAUAGAAAUGUUUUAAACGAUGCAUUAACCAGAAAAACAAUUUUUGCACAGGGUGAUACGAUAAAAACGAAUUUGUCGAAAGAACAAGCUGCUGAAACUAGAAAUGCUUUCGUAAAAGGAAUCUACGGCAAGUUGUUCAUAAAAAUUGUACGAAAAAUCAACACUGCCAUAAACAAAUCGAAAGGAAGUUCAAAAUAUUCGAUUGGUGUUCUGGACAUUUUUGGUUUUGAAAAUUUCACUCGAAACAGUUUCGAGCAAUUGUGCAUAAACUAUGCUAAUGAAAACCUUCAACAAUUCUUCGUUCACCACAUCUUCAAACUCGAACAGGAUUACUAUACCAGUGAAGGAAUUUCUUGGAAGAAUAUUGCUUUCAUUGAUAAUCAGGAAGUUUUGAAUCUUAUAGGAAUGAAAUCAUUAUGUGUUAUGUCAAUAAUUGACGAAGAAAGUAAAUUUCCAAAAGGAACUGACAGAACUAUGCUGAACAAACUUCAUUCUAAUCAUCAAUCCAAGAAGUAUUACAUGAAACCCAAAUCUGAAAGCACUCCUUCUUUUGGGAUUCAACAUUUCGCUGGAGUAGUGAUUUAUAAUGUUGAAGGUUUUUUGGAGAAAAAUCGAGAUACUUUCAGUAAUGAUUUGGAACAACUUGCCAUCUCUUCCACAAAUGAUGUUUUGAAAACAUUGUUUGAAGGUGAAACCAAAGGAGGUAGCUCUAAAAAAACCUUAUCUUUGGAAUUUAGGAGUUCCCUGGAUUUACUUAUGAAAACUUUGAAUUCUUGUCAUCCCUUCUUUGUGAGAUGCAUCAAACCAAAUGAGAAAAAACAACCUAAAGUUUUCGACAGAGCUCUAUGUUGCCGCCAGCUACGAUAUUCAGGUAUGAUGGAAACAGCCAAGAUAAGACAAGCUGGUUAUCCCAUACGUUACAACUAUGACGAGUUCGUGGACAGAUUUCGAUAUUUGGGAAAAGCAAUUCCUCCUUCGCAUAAGGGUAAUAAUAAGGACUCUUCGCAAAAGAUCUGCACAAUGGUCUUCACUAAAGGAGAAGAUUAUCAAAUGGGACAUACAAAAUUAUUUUUGAAGCACCAAGAUAACGAGUUUUUGGAGAAUAGUCGAGCAAAUAUUCUCUCGAAAUAUAUAAUUGUUUUACAGAAAGAAAUAAGGGCAUGGUUAUGGAGGAGAUGGUUCCUGAAACAUAGAAAUGCUGCAAUAGUGUUUCAGAAAUAUUGGAGAGCCAGGGGAUACAGACAGAGGUAUUUGAUCAUACGGAAUGGAUAUCAGAGACUUCAAGUUCGUGUAAAAGUCAGAGAACUGAACUACAUCUACAUGAAGUUGAGAAAGAAGACCAUUGGUCUCCAAUCAUUCUGCAGGGGCUAUUUAGCAAGAAAUGACUCCCAAUUUGGAAAAAUCUACAAGGCUGUUCAGCAACGAAAAAUUGAUGAAAUAUCAUUGAAAAAGUCUGGUAAUAGUAAUUACAAGCAGAUAGCUGAAAAGAGGAUGCAAGAAACGCUACAAGAACUAAACAGAGAAUAUGCACUGAAAGAAACACCAUCAGUCGAACAAAAUAUCAGUGAAUACAUUGACAAGCAGUUCGAUUUCUUUAAACGUUCGAAUGAAUCGGAAGACCAUGAAGAAGCACAAAAAAUACUGGAAGAUGUACACAAAAAUUAUGAAGUUAAAGUGAAGAAGACUAAGGAGGAUCUUUCUCAAUACACUUUCAAUAUAUUCGCAGCAACAUAUUUUUUGAAGAAUACGAGUCCAAUUUACUCAAGGAAGCCAUUGAAAGAAGCACUUUUGGAACUACCAACUCCUGAUGACGUGUUAGCUGCGCAAACAAUUUUCAUAAUGAUUUUGAGGUUCAUGGGCGAUGCUCCAGAGCCCAAGUAUGAGAAUUCCCAGAGAAUAAAAGAACCAGUCAUGAGCAACCUGAAGGAAACCCUUGGGAGGAGCUUCAUCAACAGGAAAGAAUAUCAACAAAUUUUAAAACACGAGGAGAAAAUGGCCACCAUGACAAAAAUGCAGAGACAAAAACUGAUAAGUAUGACAUUGAAGAAAAAACAUAAACUAUUAGAGGAUUUGAGGCAAGGUCUAGUGGAAGAUACUUUCGCUUCUGAAAAUUACAAGGAAUGGAUAAAUAGCAAGAGAACCAAUAAUUUGGAAAAAAUACAUUUUAUAAUUGGACACGGCAUUCUCCGAAAGGAAUUGAGGGAUGAAAUUUUCUGUCAGCUCUGCAAACAACUCACUUCCAAUCCAAGCAAAGUCUCCAGAGCACGUGGAUGGAUCUUACUGGCGCUCUGUACAGGCUGUUUUCCGCCCUCGGAUAGAUUUAUGAACUAUCUACGAGCAUUUAUACAAGACGGACCUCCCGGUUACAAUCAAUUCUGCGAAGAAAAACUGGAACGAACCGUCCAGAAUGGCCCUAGAACAGAACCACCGAGUUGGUUAGAACUCAUGGCGUCGAAAGAUAAGAAACCAAUAGAGGUUCAAGUAACUUUUAUGGACAACCACGUUGAAAGUCUUAAUGUUGAUUCUGCCAGUACGGCAAAGGAAGUUUGCGAUGAUAUCAACCAAAGGUUAGGAUUGACAGAUUCGUUUGGGUUCUCUCUACUGAUUUCAAUACGUGACAAGAUAAUGUCAAUCGGUAGUGGACUUGACCACAUAAUGGAUGCAAUAUCCCAAUGCGAACAAUACGGUAAAGAAGUUGGAGAAAACGAGAAGACGGCUAGUUGGAAAUUGUAUUUCAGGAAAGAAAUAUUCACUCCAUGGAUGAACAUCCCAGAAGAUGAUGUGGCGAACAAUCUCAUCUACCACCAAAUCAUUCGAGGUUUGAAACAUGGUGAAUACAAAUGCCGGAAUGAAAAUGAUCUAGCCACAUUAUUAGCUACACAGUAUUACAUUGACAAUGGAGCCCAAUUCAAUCAGAAAAUUCUGGAUUCACGAUUAGGGGAAUAUCUGCCAACAUAUCUUCUCAAAACGACAAACAACGAUCUGACCGAUUGGAAGGAAAAAAUAAAAAAUUCCUUCUUUUUGUUAUCUUGCGUGAAACAAAAAGUUCCAGUGGCAAAAGCCAAAGAAACCAUGGUUAAAUACGCUAAAAUUUCAUGGCCAAUACUGUUCUCCAGAUAUUUCGAGGCAGUUCAAAUCUCGGGACCAGAAUUGAAUAAAAAAAAUGUUGUAAUGGCUAUAAACAGCACCGGAAUUUAUAUGAUAGACGACCAGGAGCAAAUACUGCUUGAACUUAGUUUCCCAGAAAUAAUGUCUGUUACAUACGAACCAAUAAAUCACCCUAUAUUACAAAGAAUUCACCUCCCUACAGUGAAAAAUGAUGAAUAUAUUUUCGAUAGUCCGGAAGGACAGAAUAUAGUUGAACUAAUACAAGAAUUAAUCGACGGUCUGAAGAAAAGAUCGAAAUAUCUUGUAGCUACGCAAGAUUACAGGCAUCCAACAAAUGCAGAAUCCUUCAUUGCUUUCAGAAAAGGUGACCUUAUUGUUCUGCAAAACGCUACAGGACAAGAUAUAAUGAAUACCUCCUAUGGUUACGGAGAAUGUAAUAAUGUUUCAGGAGAUUUUCCUACAGAAUUUAUUCACAUACUGCCUUGUCUCAGCCAACCCAAGCAGGAAGUGUUAGCUGCAUUCAAAAGAAAAGGCGUAGUAGCUGAAAAAGUGGUGAAAAAUGAAAUAUCCUCAGAACAGAUUAUGAGAUUGUACACUUUAGCAUCUUAUGCCCAAGAGCACUUUAGGUCUAGCAGAAGAAUUACACGAAGAAAAUCGGUCUUAGUUGCAGUUAGGAGAAAUUCAGAAAACGAAUUAUGGAAAUACACCAACGAGCCUAUGCAUCAACCUCUUUUCCAGAAAUUACUCUCUGACGAUGAACUAUCAAAAGAAGCCUGCAUGUGUUUCAUGGCUAUCAUGAAAUACAUGGAGGAUAUACCGGCACCAAAAGCGAGAUACGCUAAUGAGUAUACCGAUGAAAUAUUUGGACCUCCCUUGAAACAUGAACCAUUGAGGGAUGAAAUUUAUUGCCAAAUCAUGAAACAGUUGACCUUCAACAGGCUAUUGAAGAGUGAAGAAAAAGGUUGGGAACUAAUGUACCUCAUAAGUGGGCUAUACGCACCUAGUCAAAAUCUCUAUGCGGAACUGAAGAAAUUUUUGAAAUCUAGACAACAUCCGGUUAUAGAAGCUUGCUUGCAACGUCUUCAGAGAACUCUGAAAAUUGGCUCCAGGAAGUACGCACCUUAUGCCUUCGAAGUGGAAGCCAUUCAACGAAAGAGCCUUCAAAUAUUCCACAGAAUUUACUUCCCAGAUGACAGCGAUGAAGCUUUCGAGGUGAAUUCUCUAACUAGAGCUUCUGAUUUAUGUAGAGAGAUUGGCCGCAGACUUGACUUGCAGAACAUUGAUGGGUAUAAUCUUGUAGUACAUAUUGAGAAAAAUAGAGUUUUCAGUAUACCUAACAACGAAUUUUUCUACGAUUUCCUACAUGAGAUUAUGAGAUGGGUCCGACAGCAAACGGCUCAUUGGAACAGUGCAGCAACACUUCAUGUUGAUUACAAAAUAUUCUUCUUGAAAAGAAUAUGGAUGAACGCAAUUCCCGGAGAGGAUCCUAUAGCAGAUCAAAUGUUCUAUUAUCCUCAAGAAGUGCAGAAGUAUCUUUUAGGUUACCACAAAUGUAGUAAACAGGAUGCCGUCAAAUUAGCUUCCUUAAUUACAAGAGUAAAAAGUGAUAAAAUCAAUAACAAUCCGCAAAAAAUCAAUGAGCAUUUACUCAAAGAAAUAAUACCAAGAGAUUUGAUAAAGGCAUCUAGUAUGAGAGAAUGGCGAAAUUUGAUUGCAGAAAAAUAUAAUUCAAAAAUUACAGUGGAGAAUGCAAAAUUAGAAUUUUUGAAAAUUAUUUAUGAAUGGCCGACGUUUGGAGCUACAUUCUUCGAAGUCACAGAAAAUGGUAAAAGCAAUGAGAGAAGAGUUGUUGCAAUCAAUAAGAAAGGUGUUAAUAUUAUUCAUCCAGACACGAAGGACAUAUUAGAAACACUGGAAUUUUCUGAACUGAAUAAUUGGUCUUCAGGCAAUAAUUAUUUCCAAUUGAAAGCUGGAAAUUAUGUAAAGGGUAGGAAACUACUUUUCAACACAUCAAUUGGAUACAAGAUGGAUGAACUUUUGACUUCAUACACAGAUUACUUGAAAGAUAUUGCUCCAAAAAAAGCCAACAGAGAUUUUAUUUUUGAAAAAUAUGGUCUGUAAUGAAUUAAAUUCGAGAACUAAAGCUUAUAUUGUUCACAUUAAUGUAUUUUGAAUCUAGAAUAAAUUAUUUUCAAACUUCA